AUGUCAUACCAGCACUUGGACGAUCAGCCGCCAGAGGCAAUUCCUCUACAAGACCUUGCUGCUGAUGGAAAUGAAAACGAGAGCCUGUCUGAAUAUGCCGACGAUUCGGACUCGUCUCAGAUGUUUGACGAGAUUGCCUCCUAUAAUAGGAAACGCCAAGUUGUGGGGGAUUUCACCGAGAGCCCGAGUUACCAACGAAUAAAAGACCGCUUCUUUGGCACAAAUCAAGUUCUGAAAAGACUUCUCGUGGGAAUCUCCGUGGGGGCAGUGCUACUAUGGCUAGUGGCUCUCAUUGUAUACUCAAACGGCAGAGCCCGAAAAGUCACGUCUGAUCUAUGGCAUGGAGGCAGCACAAACAUAGUGGCGCUAGAAAACCGAAAUGUGUCGUUGAACACAUAUCUGGCACAAUUGGCCAACGUUUCGAUGGCCGAAUACCGAAAAGGGGUGUACUUCCCUGAUGAAAAAGUUGUACGCUGGCUUACGGAAGCUCAGCGCCCAAGUCUCGAUGACCACAUGGGGAAUAAAGAUUCAGGAUUCUACUUGACUCGUGUGGAAAAAUCUUUUGUUGUUCGCCAGGUCGGAACAGACUAUUCAAGGACUAUUCGGGAGUCUCCUCAAUUCGAGGCUUUUAAUAAUUUCUUCUACGUGGAAGACAUGCUUCUUAAUCCUGGAGCGGCUGCAGACGACCCAAACACCUGGCAUUUGUUACGAUCUGAUCUGAUUCCUCAGUGGAGGCACCUGUCGUUUGCUUUAUACUGGCUAUGGAACCCCUCAACGGCUUCGUAUAAGCCUAUUUUACCUAAGACAGAAAAAGAGGGAAAGGAACGUCUUGAAAAGGUUCAUUUUGCCACUUUCAAUCCGUCUGGUGACAAAGUCACAUUCGGUCAUAACCACGAUCUCUACCUUCUUGAUAUUGAUACCAUGGAUAUUACUAGAGUCACCGAUACUGGCUCACUGACAGUCUUCAACGGCAAGCCUGACUGGGUGUACGAAGAGGAUGUUUAUCCACAUGCUAUGAUGCUCUGGUGGUCCUCUGAUCUGAAGCAUCUCGCCUACGCUACCAUCGAUGAUACCAAUGUGAAAGAGUACGACAUGGACUACUACGUCAAGGAGUCUGAUAAGGUAGGAAUGUCGUAUGAGAGUCCGCUGGGGGAUAAAGUCGACGAUGUUAAUCAAUACCCACUCAGAUCCAGCAUUCGCUAUCCCAAGCCGGGCACGCUGAACCCGAUUGUGUCCAUGAGCGUAUAUGAUACCGAUUCUGGUGAAACCUUGACGAUAGGUCCCCUUUCCGACGACGAGAUUGGACAUGAUUUCAUACUUUAUGAUGCAAAAUGGAUCGACGAUAAUAGCCUUUUGCUAAAGGUGAGUGACCGUACGAGCUCAAUUCUAAAAAAGAAAGCUUUUCUUUUAAGUGAAAAGAAGCUUCAAUCCGUACACACAACCAAUAGCUCGGCCUUCAGUGGCUGGAUCGAAAAAGCGCAACCAAUUACCAUCAUCGAGAGUGACAAGAAGAACAAGUAUAUUGAUAGAAUUGUUAGCGAUGAUCGUGUCCAAUUAGCCGUCUUUGAGCUGGCCACAACUGAUAAACCCUCCAAAAUUAUUGGAUCAAUUCAUUCGAGCUCUCCAGUGGCUUACAAUGCUGUGGAUGAAGAAAUAUACUUUCUCACUGAGGACAAGAUGGACUAUCAGUUAAUGGCAUUUUCGAUGAGAGAGAACACUGCAAAGCUGUUGACAGUGGAAUCUGGCAAGUACGAUGUGCUGUUUAAUAAGGAUGGGCAGUUUGUCAACUUACGCUAUCGCGGUCCGAAUGAGCCAUGGCAAAAGCUUGUAAACAUAGCUGAUUUGACAGAGGAUCCCGAAGUUCUAGAAUCUAUAAAGCCGAUCAAUGAUGUCCAAAGAUUACUGCGAGAUCUCGCCAAAGUCAAUAUGCCAACUCGAAUAUAUAGCCAAGUAAGGGUUGGCCAUUCCUCUUCAUCUGCAGAGCUCAACAUGAUAGAGAUAUUUCCUCCCAGGUUUGAUCCCAAGAAGGCGCACCCUUUGUUGGUGCACGUAUACGGUGGACCUGGCUCUACAACUGUCGAGAAAGGCUUCAGCGUUGAUUUUCAGGAUAUUGUUAGUGCUAGCCUUGGGGCGGUGGUUUUGAUCAUAGAUCCCAGGGGUACGGGAAGCGACGACUGGAAACAGAAAUCGUGGGCAAGCAAGCGAAUCGGAUACUGGGAAGCGUCUGACGUUAUAGACGUGGCCAAGGACUACAUUUCUAGGAACAAGUAUAUUGAUGCCAAGCGUACGGCUGUUUGGGGCUGGUCAUAUGGUGGUUUCACCACACUUAAAACUUUGGAGCGCGAUAAGGGAGAAGUCUUCAAGUUUGGCAUGGCAGUGGCACCUGUCACUAACUGGCUUUUCUAUAAUUCCGUCUACACAGAGCGCUACAUGAAAAGCCCAGCAGACAAUGACAACUAUAAAUCAACUUCAAAAAUCACCGACUUUGAGGCGUUCAAGGGCGUCUCCCGAUUUUUGGUGAUGGCGGGCUCUGCCGAUGAUAACGUCCAUCUUCAGAAUCUUUUCUGGCUUACAGACAAUUUGAAUAUUCACAAUGUCGAAAAUUAUGACAUGCAUAUCUUCCCAGAUAGUGACCACUCCAUCUACUACCAUAAUGCGAACACUAUCAUCUACGAUAAACUUCUCAACUUGUUGGACAUGGCUUACCGAGGGUUGUGGGAUUAA